AUGUAUUCUCGAAACUUGACUCUCCGUGCCGUCGCUGCUGCGAGACAAACGGCCAUUUGCCAUCGCGGCUUUGCCUUUUCCGCCACCAAGAGACUAGGACUCAAGGAAUCAUCAACCCAAACAAACGUCGACUACGAGCACCACAAAAAAGACUCCCUCGAGAAGCAGAAAAAGGGCUCCGGCCACUGGAAGCCCGAGCUCGCGUCCGACAGCGAAGAGGCUGUCAAGGCGGACCGCGCGUCAAGGGAUAGCAAUUCGGCGGAGCAGAUUGCCGCGCUGCAGGAGAGGACAAAGAAGUCUGCCGAGGAGACGAGCAAAGCUGGAACGAGUAUGAGGGAUGCCAUGUGA